UUCGAAAAUGUACAUAUUUACGGCCGACUGACAGUUGUUGAAGAUCCGUUGAGAACUAUUUCCGUGCUUGAGCCACAAAACACAGGGGGUUGCAACAUGUCCAAAUUAUCGACGGUAGCAGAUACCGCUCGAAAAGCUCAUUGUUAUGUAGCUGAGAAUGCCGGCUUUUUCAAUACGGAAACUGGAGGAUGCUAUGGUAACAUUAUCUCUAAUGGCAGACUGGUUAGGCUAACUAAUGUUCAGAAUGUUAAUUUUGGUAUUCGUAAAAACGGAUCCAUUAUUGUUGGCUAUUUAACGGAAGAAGAAAUUCUUGAUAAAGAAAAUCCAUUCGUUCAGUUAGUUUCUGGUGUUAUAUGGUUAGUUAGAAAUGGAAAAUCGUAUGUUAAGGAGAGCAUGAAAAUGGAGAGUAAUAAGCAUGAGGAAACUGGAACAUUAAAGCAGUUUAUUGAAGUCAAAUCAGCUAGGACCGCUAUUGGCCAUGAUAGAAAUGGGAAUGUUAUGCUAAUGCAAAUAGAAGGACAGACAAAUGCAAGGGGAUUGAACUUGUAUGACUUCGCAAAGAAACUAAUCAAAUCCGGAUUUGUGAAUGCCAUCAAUUUGGAUGGUGGAGGAUCAUCAACAACUGCGAUAGAUGGUAUCGCAGUCGGAUACCCAUCUGACCACUGUGCAUCAAAUCCGGCCUUUCGAUGUGCUCGACCAGUAUCUACAGUUAUAUGCGCUCACCAUUUAUAUUGCUUACCUCAAGACUGUAAUAACCAUGGCAAAUGUGUAAACGGCAAAUGCCUUUGUAACGAUAAAUGGAUCGGAGAAGCUUGCGAUACUGUUAACUGUAAACAUCUGCAUAAUUGCUCAGGAAAUGGUGUAUGUACUCUAGAUGGUUGUAACUGUAACCCAGGAUGGACAGGCUUAUAUUGUGAACAAGAGUGUCCAUUGGGCUUCUACGGUAGACUUUGUGUCAAUAAAUGUAGUUGCGAUUUACCAUGCAUGUGCAAUCCAGUGACUGGUGAAUGUAUAAAGCAAAGUGAGCGUUGU